AUGGUGAUAGAUGUUUGGAGAGACGAUGGAUGGAGAAUCCAGUCUGCGAGAUCUCCGGAAAUUGAAGAACUACUCAUCCAUCUCACAACGAUCUCCCUUUCUGACUCUCCAAGCUCUCCCCUGUGGCUCGUCAAUGGCAAAGCGCAAAAAUCAUUCUCAAGUGCUCAAGUAUACCGCUCUCUGCUUGAACCACUCCCCAACGUGCCAUGGUACUCUCUGAUCUGGAUCAAGAAUGGGAUCCCUAAGCAUAUGACGCUAGCCUGGUUAAUGUUGCUGAACCGAAGUCCUACUAGAGAUCGGCUGCUGUCUUGGGGUCUUCAAACAGACUCGAUGUGCCUCCUCUGUAAUAGAGAAAGCGAAUCAAGGAACCAUCUAUUUCUCUCUUGCUCCUACUCUUCAGCUGUCUGGUCUCAUUUUGCUGCAGGUCUCGGCCUUACUCCACAGUCUUCUUCUUGGGAAGACACAACUCACUCUCUCCUGUCUCAGACCGGGAACAAGCAGAAGAUUUACCUCUCCACCCUCGCUUGGCAAGCUACGAUCUACGAACUCUGGUGGGAACGCAACAAUCGCCUCCAUCGCCGAAUUUAUCACUCUCAGGAUCGGAUCAUCAAGCGGAUAGCCAUCAUCAUCAGAAACCGCAUCUCAUCCCUUCGACCACACCGCAGCGCUCUCGCCAGUGAUCUGAGUCAACUAUGGUUCACCUUGUUCCCAUCGUGA